GUGAGGUAACUUCCUGUAUCAAAGCGCCAUUUUCGGCUUGGUCAGUGGGCUGCAUCAUGCUAUCAUUAAACAGAUAAUAAAACCGGUGUUUAGUUUUGUAAAGCCGCUUUGUACGUUUGUUGAAACAUGGGACGGAAAAAGAAGAAGCAGAUGAAGCCAUGGUGCUGGUAUUGCAAUCGAGACUUUGAUGAUGAAAAGAUUCUCAUCCAGCAUCAGAAAGCUAAGCAUUUUAAAUGCCAUAUUUGCCACAAGAAGUUGUACACAGGUCCUGGCUUGGCCAUUCAUUGCAUGCAGGUACACAAAGAGACAAUUGACAGUGUGCCAAAUGCAAUUCCUGGAAGAUUGGACAUUGAGCUGGAAAUUUACGGCAUGGAAGGAAUUCCAGAGAAAGACAUGCAGGAAAGAAGGCGAACAUUAGAACAGAAGUCACAAGAGAGUCAGAAGAAGAGGGGAGGCAAUCAAGACGACUCUGAUGAAGAUGACGAUGAUGAUGAACCUGGGCCAUCUAUUCCCCAGGGUGCUUCUGUCCAGCCUCAGACAGGCUACGCCACGCCAAUCACCCAGCCUGGGAUGAUUCCUGUAGUUAGUGCACCGGGGAUGCCUCCUGGGGGAUAUCAAGGAAUGCCGCCAAUGAUGCCAGGUGUUCCUCCCAUGAUGCAUGGUAUGCCUCCUGGCAUGCAUGGAAUGCCACCAGGGAUGAUGCCAGUGGCAGGGAUGAUGCCACCAAUGAUGCCAGGGAUGCAUGGAAUACCUCCAGAAAAAGGUCAUUGGUCCUGUGUUGUUGAUUCUUCAGGGAUGCCGCCUCACAUGGCUCCAAGGCCCGCGAUGCCUCACAUGGCUCCAGCCCCAGCAGCAGCAGCAGUGAUACCAAACCGACCAGCAGCGCCCACACCCCAGCCUCCUGUCUCCAAACCUCUGUUCCCCAGUGCAGUACAGAUGGGUUCUGGUGUUAACAGCAGCACUGUAGCUGUUUCCUCUUCACCUGCAGACCUUCACUCUGCCUCCUCCCAGCCUCCCUUUCCUAACGUGUCACAAGCCCAACAGAGCUCUUCAGGAGCUGCAGCUUCAAGCACCCACAGCACAUCUGCCUCUGCCGAACCGCCCAAAGCAACAUUCCCUGCCUACACCCAGCCCUCUGUCUCUUCUUCCUCUUCUGUUUCCACUUCUUCUUCUAAUCCCUCUAGCAGCACUGUGGCCAAAACCCCAGCCACAGUGACCAGUAAGCCUGCUGCCCUCACCACAACGAGUGCAACCAGUAAGUUGAUCCACCCUGAUGAGGAUAUCUCACUGGAAGAGAUGAAGGCCCAGUUGCCUCGUUAUCAACGUCUUAUACCCAGGCCGGGCCAAGCCCAUGUGGCUGCUCCCCCGGUGGCAGCUGUGUGCAGCAUGAUGCCCUCACAGCAAGGCUUGCCUCCGCAGCAGCCAGGCAUGAGGCAUCCCAUGCAUGGUCAGUAUGGUGCCCCUCCACAGGGCAUGCCAGGCUACAUGCCUGGUGGUAUGCCUCCAUAUGGGCAGGGUCCUCCUAUGGUGCCCCCUUUCCAAGGCGGGCCUCCCAUGGGUAUGAGGCCUCCGGUCAUGUCUCCAGCUGGACGCUACUGAAGCAGCAAAGCAGCUGCCACACUAGGUUUGAGGUUAACGCCUUUCUCAUCCUUGUGCUUUUUCGAACCUAGCUGCAAGUGAAGAGCGGUUAAGACCAGUGGUGGUGAAGACUAAAAUUACUCACUAAAAACAUGGACAUUUAAUGUCAAUAUUGUGAAAAGAGAUAAACUCCACAUAAGUUCCUGACAGCCAUUUGGUGAUUUGGUUAAUUGUGAGAAUAUAUAUUUUCCUCCCAUAGGUUUCACUCAGGUUUCUAGAAGUGAAGUGUUUAAAUGAUUCAGUUUUCUUUUUGAAGCUGCUGGAGUUACAUGAACGUACCAACCCCUUACAAAGGCAAGUUCCUCUAGUAAACAUUUUCUUUUAGUAGAUUGAGGCCCUCACAGCAUGUUUAGGUGCUGUUGGACUUAACGUCCCCAACUAUGGUUGGUGAGGGUCUCAGUGAUUAAAUCCAACUAUUUAGUAUUAAAGACUCAUCAGUGUCCAGCUUUAUUCUUGUUCCGGGUUUACUUUUAAUAUUUCUUGAUCGCUAGGGUACCUGUAUGCAUCCUUUGUAAUGUUUUAUGAUUCUGUUGUAAUAAAACCAUCUUGAAAUCCAA